AUGACUACGGAUAAAAGAUGCGCGGUGAUUCACCAUGAGGCGUCGCAUACCGUUGCUGGGUUCAGCAACAAGGAGGUGCCCGAGGGCGUUAUCCCGUCCGGUUACGCCAAGCUAUCGAGCGAUGACAAGACGCUUGUGUUUGACAAGUACGAGAUGGUGAGCAUGGGGAAAAGUGGUGCUGGUGCGGAGGUGUACACGCUUUUCGACGAGAACGACGUGCCGUACAAUUGGGACGCGUUGGCGCAGCAGUGGGGGUACAUAUACGAAAGCGUGCUGCAGUGCACGGCGAACGAGGUGCCGCUGGUGGUCACGAUGCCUGCGUUUUCGAAACCGGAGAGGGCGAGGCUCGUGAUGAUGAGGUACAUGGACAUGGCGUUCUACAGGUUCAAUGUGCCCGUGGUCCAGUUUGUGAUUGAGCCGUUGGCCAUUGCGUUGUCGAUGGGGAAAAGUUCCGCCUUGGUUAUCGAUAUCGGUACCAACGGAUGCACCGUUACACCGGUGUACGAUGGUGUUGUUGUGCGUACAGGGUGCGUGCGGUCCAAGUACGGCGGUGCGUUCCUGGACUACUUGGCCAAGACGAAGAUGUCCGAGAAAUUGGGGCAAGAUCAAGAAGGUUCCGGGUCAUCGCUGCAGGUGUGGUACGAGGCGAACACGUGGAUUCAGGAUUUCAAAGCGUCGAUGCUUGAAGUCGCUGACAAGGAUCUUGCAGAGUUGGAGACUUUCUACAGGGAGCAAGCGGAGAUGUUCGCAAGGCAACAUGAACAGAUGCAAAUGCAGCAAUUUGGUGGGGGCCCUACUACGAUCCAAACUAACAACCCGCUUGAACAGGCGAAGAACUUCUUGUACAGACCCACGGGGAAGACUGUGCCUUUGACUGCUAGAGAAUGUUACGCGAUCCCGGAGGCGCUGUUCAACCCAUCAAGGGUCUCCGAGAAGUUCCACAGGGAGGACGGCCUCGGUGAGUUGAUUGGGAAGUCGAUCAAGAAGGCCGCUGCGAGUAUAAGCUCUCUUGGAAGCACUGCGAACUCACUGGGGAGCAUGGGCGCGUCAAUGACACUCCCCAGCAAGACACCUGGGAACUCCUCCACGUCGCACAACUCGGGGAACCACAACGGUGCUAACAACAGUAACAACACUGCGAUGCCCAAUGCGGGUGCCAAGAGUGGGAUCACCACACCGGAGCAAGUGUACACGUCUUUACUCACAAACGUCAUUAUAACGGGUGCCGCCUCGCUGAUUGAUGGGAUCGAGUCCCGGAUCAUCAGAGAGUUAUCGAUACGGUUCCCGCAGUACAAGCUGGUCACGUUUGCCAACCAAAACCUGAUGGACAGACAGUUGCAAAGCUGGAUGGGUGCCGCGACAAUGGCGAACCUACCCUCCUGGGAACUGGGCAAGUGGUAUACGAAGGAGGACUACGAGGCAGCAAAACAAGGGGGGAAUACGGACCCAUCGCGAUAG